CCGUCCCGCCACCCUCGAGCCCGUCGCCGCCGCCGUCGCCGCCGUCGCAAUGGGCAAGCGCAAGAACGAAGCUCCUGCCAGCCGCCUGGCCAAGAAGAAGAGGGCCAUCCCCGACGACGAGGCGCAUCGCAACUUCCGCCACGGCCUCUUUGACGCCAGCGUGCUCGCCGAGUACACCAAUGCCUAUGCCCAGUCGCAGCCCUACAAGCACGCCGUCAUCCAGAAGCUCGUCAACGACACGCUGCUGCGCAAUGUCCGCAACGAAAUCCGCGAGCACAUCCACUUCACCCCCAAGGAGACGGACAUCUACAAGAUCCACCAGUCUGGCGAUCUCGCCAACCUCGAUGGCCUCGACGACUCGGCACUCAAGCGCCUGCCCUCGCUGCUCACCCUGCGUGAUUCGCUGUACUCGUCGGCCUUUCGCAAGUACCUCUCUUCGAUAACAGGGGCUGGGCCAUUGAGCGGGGUAAAGACCGACAUGGCUGUGAACGUAUACACGCCAGGCUGCCAUUUGCUAUGCCACGACGACGUCAUUGGCAGCCGACGCGUCAGCUGGAUCCUGUACCUGCUGGACCCGGAUAUUGAAUGGAAGCCCGAGUGGGGGGGUGCCCUGCGACUGUACCCAACCGAAGACCUCGAGACGCCCGACGGCGACAAGGUCAAGGUACCGAGCCCAGACUUUUCUCUGUCGAUUCCGCCUGCCUGGAACCAACUCUCCUUCUUCACGGUCCAGCCCGGCGAGAGCUUCCAUGACGUCGAGGAGGUGUACCGAAGAGGCGUGGAAGAAAAGGCCGACGAGGACGGCGGGCGCAUCCGCAUGGCCAUCAGUGGAUGGUUCCACAUCCCGCAAGAAGGCGAAGAGGGCUAUGAGGAGGGCCUUGAGGAGAAGCUAGCAGAGAAGAGUUCGCUCGCCCAGCUGCAGGGAGGAAAGGCCGACGUCUUCGAUGAGCCGCAACCACAAUGGGUAGAAAACCCUUUUUGGGAAGAGCAGGCGAAGCAGGAAGACGACGAGCUCACGGAGAAUGAGAUUGACUUCCUCAUCAAGUUCAUCAACCCAAACUAUCUCGUUCCGGACACCGUGGAGGAGCUCUCCAAGAUGUUCUCGGACGAGUCCUCGUUACGACUCGCGCAAUUCUUGUCGAACAAGUUCUCGGCGCGGUUACGCGAGUACCUCGAAUCCAAGGACCACGAGGCUGAACCUAGCCUACCCGCCAACCCACAUCACAAGGAGUCAAAAGUCGGUGUCGCGCGCCCGCCGCACAAGCACCGAUACCUUUACCGCCAGGCCGUUCAACCCAUACCAACUACGCCGUAUCCCGAGAACGAUGGUAUGACACCAUACGAUGACCUCGUCGACAUUCUCUUCCCGCAUCCCGCCUUCAUGAAGUGGAUCUCGCUUGUCACGGGAAUCACCCUAACAAAGAGUAACAUCUUUGCCCGCCGUUUCCGUCGUGGGUUUGACUACACACUAGCGACGGCCUACGAGGAAGAAGACCCACAACUCGAAGUCUGUCUGGGUAUCACGCCUUCACGCGGCUGGGGCGACGAAGACGAGGAACCCGAAGAAGCCGCGACCGAGAAACCCGAGCAAAACGGAUCUUCCAAGAAGAGCAAGAAGAAGAACGGCAGCAGCAGCAAAGCCAAGCCCGCCCAACAGCCCAAGCCAGAAGAGGAAGUCGGCGGCUACGAAAUGUACAUGGCCGGCGAAGACGACUCGGAAAACCCCACGACGACAUCUUCCUUGGAGCCCUCGACCUCAACGGGUGCCGGCCAACGCCGCAAAGCCAAGGCCGACCCCGCCAUCUACCGCUCCGCCGCUGACGACGACGACGACGACGGCAUCUUGUUCAGCCAGCCCGCUGCCUGGAACAACAUGGCCAUUGUCCUGCGCGACAGGGGCGUCCUACGCUUCACAAAAUACAUCAGUAAGAGCGCAAAGGGCGAUCGCUGGGACGUUUGUGCCGAGUAUGGUGUGGAGUUUGGCGAGGAUGAUGAUGACGAUGACGAUGAUGUUGAUGUUGACACGAUGAAAGAUGACUAGGUAGUCAAAGGGAUGAUAUGCGAUAUGGCUAUUGUGAUUUAUCAUGUGUUUUACCUUCUUCUUCUUUUUUUUCUUCCUGCUUUCUGGCCUUUGUGAUUGUGAUUGUCGUUGUCGUUGUGAGUGAUGGGGGUGCAUGAUUGAUUGAAUGGGAUGGAGGGUGGGAGGUGGGCGGGUGGAUGGAUAGACCGAGGGAGGUGGACGGGCGGGUGGAUGCAUGGAGCGAGCAAGAAAUAGCUUGAUGAGCGGAUGCACGGAUGGACGGAGUGGUAAAUACUUGCAUGGAAAGAUGCAUACACAAGUCAACAUGCUUUAAUCAACAAC